CUCCACCUGCUGGAAGCAAAGAGAAGAAGAGCAGCGCCCCGUCCCUCUGAUCAUGCUGGAGUCGCUUAAAAUCUCAGACUUUGUUUCCCGGAGUGACGGAAUUUGACGGAACACCGGCAGCUUAUGGGAGUUUUCUACUGGAAACCAGUUCCUGCAGCUCACUGCCCACCAUGCUCCGGCUGGGCCUCCCCCUCCUCUGGCUCCUGCUGCUCCUCUCCAGCGCCUCCCUCCCAGGAUUCGCCCAGGUUUCCUUGGAUCCUAAAGUCCAGCUGAACUCCACAGAAACCAAUUGCUCCACUGGAUGCCAGGACUCAGGUAACGGUACUGUGAGUCAGAACAAAACGGCUGAAGGCUCUUCAUCAGACGCGGUAAACGCCACCCAACGGCUGCCUCUGAAUGGGACAAACCAAACAGAAGGACCUGUAACGACCGAAGGACCUGUUAGCAGCCGGCCUCCAGGAACAGAAGCUCCUCCCACUUCUGCUGCAGCCACGCCCUCUCAGCCUGCAGACGGUGGCUCCACCACCAGCGCUGCUACAGCUGUCUGGACCUCUACACCUUUGGAAGAUAACAGAACUUCUUCAGCAGCGAUUCUGUCCUCCAAACCUCCAGCUACAACCACUCAGGCUCCGCCCACUGAAACACCGUCAGCUCCGCCUCCUUCCACGCCAUCAGACGCCAUCAGAAACCCCCCAACCACCACUGUUUUGCCCUCCCGCAGUCAGAGUCCGUCUGUGGCGCCGGCGCUCAGCACCAGAAAGUCCACGCCUUCCCCGUCAUCUUCCAGCGCCGCCGCCUCAGCCAGGCCUCCCAGCAGAACCUCGGCUCCUCCCAGUCGGGUUUCUGUGGUGGAGGAAGCCGGGGCGGUUCUGACCCGGCAGUUGGUGGACACGGCCUCCUUAAUCGCCGUCCUGCUCUUCGGCCUGCUCUUCUUCCUCGUCACGGUGGCGGUGUUCGCCACGCAGGCGUACGAGAGCUACAGGAGGAAGGACUACACGCAGGUGGACUACCUGAUCAACGGCAUGUACAGCGACUCCAGCGUGUGAUCCAGGAAGACGGCGAGGCUCGGUUCCGGCUCUGAAGGGUCACAGCAGUGGUUCUGAAGUCGGAACCAGAUCAGACGGCGUCGCCCGACACCUUCCUGUCAGCCGUGACCCGUUCAAAUGAGUUUUUUCCUUUGUAGCUUUUUGUUUCUGACUGUUAAUCAGAACCAGGAGUUCUGGUGCUGCUCGGCCUUCAGCUCUGGAUUCUGCUCCGUCUGCAGCGGGGCGGUCCCAGCACGCCCAGCGGGGCGGC